AUGACGCUCCUGGCCAGACACUCCCCUGGCUCUGCUGCUUUCACCUCACUGAUCAAACAUCUCCGCCGAUCUGGCAUCAUCGACAUCCUCAUCUCUUGGAGAGCAUCCACAGUUUACUGUAUUGUCUCCCCGAUAUCAAUUCUGAAAACAGUCCCACGGAAUUCAGCCGCUCGUCUGAGGAACACAGUCCGGAGGAUCUAUCGCAGCAACAGAUCAAAGAUGGCAGGACCACAGACGAAACCUUUGCCAAAGGGCCGUCAAUCCUACACUGCUCAUGAAACAACACCAAUGUCGACGACAACAAAAGGAAGGAUGAUGGAUUCCAGGGUGAUGAAGCGGCAAAGCCAAACUGCCAUGGCGAAGAGACAGAAAGUGUCAGUUGUAGCAUCACAUUGCAGUCCGCAUCCAAGACACAAAAAUCUCGAGGACUUCCUCACAACCAAGAUCUUCCCAGACAUGUAUCUAGGCAACUUCGUGAACAUCCUUCAGUUCAGCCACCAGGGAGUCGCAGCCCAGGGCUCUUCUGAUUCUGAUCCCAAGACCCAGCUAUCGUCUCGACGCGGCAACCCUUGCUCGUUCCGCACGCUUCUCAAUGACGGUGCUUCAUCUUGCAAUUCUCUCAGCAGCAGCACCUUUAAGGAGUUGGACAAUGGAGACAUUCGAUUUGACGACUCCGAGUGUAUCUCCAUCGGCCGCACCCUAGGGAACGUCCCAAACCAUCAGUUGCAGAAGCGUGUGGACAGCGGCAUUGUUCUUGAGACGCAAGGUCGUAAUCUUUACUCAGUUCCCGCGGACCUUCUUGCGCCGGAAAAUGAGCACGGUGACGAAACCAUGGGCGACUAUAGCUGUAUUGAGCAAGAUAUCGACAUGGCGAUCUGUUCACCCAUCUUCACUACACAAGACCACACGUUCAAGCGAUCAUUCAGCGCAAACAAGUUCCCAGCCGCCAGUAACCUGUCAGGCGUUUCAGAAUCCGACAAGCAGGUGUUUGGCUCAAUGGAGGCAAUGAACAUGCCAUUCUCCUUGAACGAACCCGUUUUGAGAAGACACAACAGAUUCCCUUUCCGCGACCACGAUGCCGCCAAGGACGACGAGGACGAUGACAUGUCCAUCAUUUCCGACUUCUCGCUCAUUCCCAGCUACCCCCCUGGCGGAAUCGACCAACAGUACAAAGUCAAAGUGAAAGUCGGCCGGGCAACCUUUAAGCGACUUCUCAAGAUCCAGGCGAAGGUUGCCACCAAGACUGUUCGCCAUAUCAAGCGAUCCUGUCGCGAGGCCAUGGGGCAGGCUUUUGACCAUUCCAGCCCCGUCUAUAAACCGGCUACCUGUGUCCGUGUUGGGGGUGCCUGUUAAGCUGAGGAGAAACACAGCAGCUGUCGAUGUACAAUAAUUUUGGAGUUUGUUAUUCCACAAGAGUCACUCGCUAUUUAUCACCCACCUCAUUUUUGGACUCACCACACCUAUCACCCAGCACCAAGACCUGAAUGCGACUGCUCGGCACAAUACAGUACCAACCGAGAUCCCGAUAUCAUGAUAUCACAGCAUGUCACAGCCAAGGACUACGCGCAAGGGAUGGCAGAUCCGUCAAGUAGAGCACCAUGAAGAAGCAAGUGUAUCAUCCACUGGCUUUUUUGCCUCGUUUUCCGGUUUGACAAUGGCGCUGGAUUCUCGCCAGCAUCACCGCAGUCAAGAUGCCAGAUACUGGACCCGGACAGCUGUGGCCUUUACCGAGGAGGAUCCUACGAUAUCCAAACCGUACAAUACAGAGAAGAGCGCAAUGGAGCAAGCACCGGCUAUUUUGCAAGGAGCGAAGGAACGGCAUAGGAGGGGGAAUUGGCAUGAAGAGGGACAAAAAGCAAAUUUGGGAGACUCGCAUGGAGAGGAAACUUUCGGGCGGAGAAUGGGAGUGAGGUUAGAGAGUAGAGGGAGGGAGGGAGAGCUACAACAGCGAUCAAACGGUCCUCUGCUUCACAAAGGGAAUAACCCGCAGCGGUCAUUCUCCAUCCUCUCGCUGCUCGCUUUUCCUUCGCGGUUCGAUUCGUUUUUCUUUCUCUUUUGUGUUAUUGCGCAGCAUCCCUUUGGGAAUGGUUUUACCACUUGGGCACCGGUUAUCGGAGUUUGGUUGGGCUGGGUUGGGUUGGGCACGGAAAAGUACAUUUGAUACCCCCUUGUUGAUAUUCUAGAGAAUUCACCUGCUUUUCUUUUUUGCUUUUACCCCCUGGUUCUGCAUGUUGUGUUUUUGCCAUUUGAUAGGCUAUUUUUUUAUUCUUUUUUUUAUUUGGCGGGGGGGGGGGAAGCACUGGAUGGUUGUGACGGUAUGGCACCUAAGGCAGCUAAACAUAUCCUGAUGUUGAAUAGUGACCAUAGGCAUAAUAGUAAUACAUUGACGAUUUAAGUUGUGAUGAA